UCUCCAAGCCAGCACCUUACUGGGAAGGAACAGCAGUCAUUAAUGGGGAGUUUAAAGAGCUGAAGUUAACAGAUUAUGAAGGAAAAUAUCUUGUCUUCUUCUUCUAUCCUCUUGACUUUACAUUUGUAUGUCCAACUGAGAUAAUCGCCUUCAGUGACAGAAUUGAAGAAUUCAGAGCAAUAAAUACCGAAGUUGUAGCAUGUUCUGUGGACUCAAAGUUCACUCACUUAGCAUGGAUUAAUACUCCUCGAAAACAAGGGGGACUUGGACCUAUGAAGAUUCCACUUCUUUCAGAUUUGACACACCAAAUUUCAAAGGAUUAUGGUGUAUAUCUGGAAGAUCAAGGACAUACACUUAGAGGCCUUUUCAUCAUCGAUGACAAGAGAAUCCUUCGACAGAUCACGAUGAAUGACCUUCCUGUUGGGAGAUCAGUGGAUGAGACGCUUCGUUUGGUGCAAGCAUUCCAGUACACAGACAAACAUGGAGAAGUUUGCCCUGCUGGUUGGAAACCUGGCAGCGAAACAAUAAUUCCAGAUCCAGCUGGAAAACUGAAGUAUUUUGAUAAACUAAACUGAUGCUUGCUUCUGUUGAAUUACAUAGGUCACAUUCAACUUGAUUUUGCCAAUAAAAUUUCAUUAAUUUUGUUA